AUGUUAAAUUUAAAAUUGCUAUUUUUUAUUACAGUACUCUUAUUAAAGAGUAUUGCAUUAGGUGAAGAAUUUUCUUAUAAAUACCAUUAUGCUGAUGGAAAAGAGUGUGAAAUAAAAAAUGGACAAUUAAUUGAUAAUGGUGUUGUAAGAGAAUUAACUUUAUCAGAAACAAAGAAGUUAAAAAAAUAUGAGAAUGAUCUUAUAAGUUAUAAUGAAUUUAGAUUUAAUCAACCUUUUAGAAAUAUGGGAGAUCUUGUUAAUUAUCGUUUUGGUUUAGAUAAGCCACAAAUCCCAUGUUUCUGUAGUUUUUGUUCAGAAAAUCCUAGUCUUGUUCGUGAACAAAUUACAAGAAUUGAUUUUGAAAGACCUAGUAUUAACCAAAAAUUAGGCCAAAAUGAAUACUAUGAUUCUUUUCCUACUCCAGGUUCUUUUGGAAGAUUAAUUAAUAACAAUGACUAUGAAGACAAUGACGUGACAAAGGUUUUUGAUUUUCGUUCUCCAACUGCUAGUGAUGUCUGCAUUAUUGAAGAUGACGUAAUCAUAGACGGGGGAAAACGUAGAGAAUACACAGAUGAAGAUCGAAGUAAAAUUAAACAAUAUGAUGAAGAAGUAUCUCAUAUGAUUGAUGAGCUUAAAGAAAAAUUAAUGAAAGAAUUUGAUGAAGAAACAAGUAAACCUGAUUUCCAUGAAAAUUUAAUUCGUGUUAUCAAGGAUCAUUCUAAAGAUAUGCCAAAUUUCCCUUGUAUUUGUGAAUCAUGUAAACAAGGUAAUGAUGAAGACAAUAAAGUAGAACCUACAGACAAACCAUUGCCAAUGAUUCCAAAAUCGACUGAAGAGAGUACAGGUGAAACAAAAGAUGUUGACUCAGAAGAAAACAGUACAGAAAAGGAUGAAAAAUCAACUGUAAAAGAUGAACAUAACAAAAGUGCAGAAGAAUCAUCAACAAUAUCACCAGAAGAAAUGGUAACUGAUUCAUCAAAAAAGACACAUCAUUAG